UCACCACACUGCCCCGCCUACACCUCUGAUAUCAUCCAGCGAAAUGGGGAGCAAAAGGAAGAGCAGAUUGGCGGCCAAAAGCGACGCUACGGCGGCGUCGGAGGACAGCCGGCGGACCAGAAAGCGGACCUUGUCGGAGUCAGGCGGAGAUUUCGCGGAGGACGACGUCACUGAGGAAGUCUCCGGCGGCGGCGACGACAUUGAGAGUGGGUCCGCAUCUGGUGGCGAGCUGGUGGGCGAGGCGGCGGAGGAGUUGCGGAUUCCGGUUCGGAGGGUUGUCCGGAACGAAGAUGCGGAGGGAGAUGUCCGGUUUUUGGGCGAAUCCGUUGCUGAAGAGGAGGCCAAGGCUCGGUGGCCCAACCGCUACCAGACAAUACAAGCGUUGGAUGAUAAUGUUUUGCAGGCUCGAUGUCAUUUUACUCAAGCAGAGGUUGAUGGGCAGAUUUUCUGCCUGGAAGACGAUGCAUAUGUUAUGUCUGAAGAAGGCAAAGAAGACUACAUAUGUAGGAUUAUUGAAUUCUUUGAAGCAGUUGACGGUUCAAAAAAUUUUACUGCCCUAUGGUAUUACAGGGCUUCAGAUACGGAUAUCAAAACUUGUGGCGACCUUAUUGAUAACAAGCGCAUAUUCAUUUCUGAAGUCAAGGAUCAUAAUCCUAUUGAUUGUCUAGUGAAAAAGCUUAGAAUUGUGCAAUUAUCUCCUGAGGCUGAAUUUAAUGUGAAGAAGCUGAGAUCAACAUAUGAUUAUUAUGUUGAUAAGAAGUAUUUGAUUCCAUACACUUCCUUUGUAAGCUUACCUUCAGAUGCAACUACAACCAGCAAUGAAUCUGGUUCUACCAUCUCUAGCGAUGCUGAUAAUUUACCUGGCGGAUCUUGCGAACAAGAUGAUCACCAUGGUGAGAAAACAAUGCUCGAUCUAUACUCUGGAUGUGGUGCCAUGUCAACUGGACUUUGCCUUGGUGCAAAUAGCUGUGGUGUUAAACUUGUGACUAAAUGGGCUGUUGACAUCAACCCAUAUGCCUGCGAAAGCCUCAAAUUAAAUCAUCCUGAAACUCAGGUGAGAAAUGAAUCUGCUGAGGAUUUCUUGAGCCUGCUUAAGGAAUGGGAACAGCUGUGUCAAAGAUAUUUAUCAGCAGAGAAUAAUGGUUUGACUCCUGAUGAUGGAAAUUCUAAUGACAAGAAAGAUGGUGAAGAUGAUGGUGAAGAUGUUUCUGAAGCAUCAUAUGAAGUUGAGAAGAUUCUCGCCAUUUGUUAUGGUGACCCAAAUAAAAACCGCAAGCGUCGACUCUAUUUUGAGGUAACAGAUGACUGCCCAGAAAAGUUGAAAGAAUUCGUCAUAAAUGGUUACCAAUCUAAGAUAUUGCCUUUACCCGGUACUGUGGAUGUGAUAUGUGGAGGACCUCCUUGCCAAGGCAUUAGUGGUUUCAACAGAUUCCGGAACACAAAAGCACCUCUCGAGGACCCUAAAAAUAAACAGCUCAUUGUUUUCAUGGAUAUCGUGGACUAUCUGAGGCCUAAGUUUGUGUUGAUGGAGAAUGUUGUUGAUAUUCUCAAGUUUUGCAAUGGUUAUCUUUUUAGAUAUGCUCUUGGCCGCUUAGUUGCAAUGGAUUAUCAAGCAAGGAUGGGUAUGAUGGCUGCCGGUGCUUUUGGUUUGCCUCAGUUUCGCAUGCGUAUGUUCAUGUGGGGUGCACUUCCAACUGAGAGGUUACCUCAAUACCCCUUGCCUACACAUAAAGUCAUAAACAGAGGUGUUGUUCCACUCGAAUUUGAGGGGAACACAGUUGUGUAUAAUAAAGACCAAGAAGUCAGUCUCAAGAAAGAACUUUUUCUUGGUGAUGCAAUAUCUGACCUCCCAGAGGUUGAAAAUAACGAAAAAAAUGAUGAGAUUCCUUACAGCUUGGAGCCCCAAACAGAAUUCCAGAGGUUUAUAAGAUUACCAAGGAAUGAAAUGCCAGGCUGUUUGGCAUUGAGCUCUGAAGAGUUGGGACAUAAUUUGUACGAUCACCGGCCUUUUCAGCUUAACCAGGAUGACUAUGAGCGUGGUGCGAAUUUCAGGGAUCUACCAGGUGUUCGGGUUCGUCCCGAUAACAAGGUUGAGUGGGACCCAGAAGUGGAAAGGAAAAAAGUAUCUUCUGGGAAGUUUCUGGUGCCUGAUUAUGCCAUGACGUUUGUAGGAGGAACUUCUUCAAAGCCAUUCGGGCGUUUGUGGUGGGAUGAGACAGUACCAACAGUUGUUACUCGGGCCGAACCUCAUAAUCAGGCAAUUCUGCAUCCCCUUCAAAACCGGGUUCUUAGUGUUCGGGAGAAUGCUAGGCUGCAAGGCUUUCCAGACUACUACCGGCUACUUGGCCCGGUAAAAGAAAGGUACAUUCAAGUAGGAAAUGCAGUUGCUGUGCCUGUUGCUCGUGCAUUGGGAUAUUCUUUAGCUUUGGCUUUUAGAGGAUUAUCGGGCGAAGGCCCGUUAUUAACCCUACCCGAUGAUUACCCGGCCGUGAAAGUCUUACCUUCUCCGGCUAUUUUAAUGGAGUGAUUGUGAAAUGUGAUUGUGUUUUGAUAAUUUAUUCCAAGAAAGGGUAAAAUAAUGUAUAUGUUUUUGCUGCAAUUUAACUCAAUUAGUGUGAUUGGACACAGCUUUUGUAUUUUUAGUAGUUGACGUUGAUUUGAACAAAUGACAUUAUUCUGUAAUGCUAGUAAGGUACUACUAUUUUGUCUAAGAAGGAUGUUGAACUUGAGUUUUGCUAAUA